AUGGCUCCCGCGCUCAGGGUGUCCACCUCCACGUCUUCCUCGGCUCCGUCGUUGACCCAGCGGAGGCGACGCGGGGCGGUAUAUUCUCGAACGCCGCUGAAGCCUGUGUUCAGGGCGCUCGCCGCAGCGGCGGCGGUGGCAACGCCCACGCCGGGGAGGCACCGGCCGCUCGCCCUGCCGCCCACGCCCAAGUCGGUGGCAGAUGCCAUGUCCAGGGUCAGGGCCAAGGGCAAGACGGCGUUCAUUCCGUACAUCACCGCCGGCGAUCCGGACCUGGCGACCACCGCAGACGCGCUCAGGCUCCUUGACGGCCUCGGCGCCGACGUCAUCGAGCUCGGCAUGCCGUUCUCGGACCCCUCCGCUGACGGGGCCGUCAUCCAGGCCUCGGCCAAGAGGGCGCUGGCGGCCGGCGCUUCCACGAACGCCGUGAUGGCGAUGCUCAAGGAGGUGACACCGGAGCUGUCAUGCCCCGUGGUCAUCUUUUCCUAUUUCAACCCCAUCGUCCGGCGAGGGACGGCUAGCUUUGCCACCGCAGCCAAAGAAGCCGGUGUCAAAGGUCUUAUCAUACCUGAUCUUCCAUACGACGAGAUACGUGCUUUCAGGAAAGAAGCCAUCAAGAACAGUCUAGAGCUGAUCCUCCUGACAACACCAGCUACACCAGCAGACCGGAUGAAAGAAAUCGCUAAGGCUUCUGAAGGGUUUGUUUACCUUGUAAGUGUUGUUGGGGUUACAGGAGCCCGAGCAACCGUGAAUCCGCGUGUUGAGGAUCUUCUUAAGGAGAUUAGGCAGGUCACUGACAAAGCAGUAGCGGUUGGCUUCGGCAUAUCGACCCCGGAACAUGUUAACAAGAUUGCAGAGUGGGGUGCAGAUGGAGUGAUCAUUGGCAGUGCAAUGGUGAAACAGUUGGGUGAAGCAGCAUCCACAAGAGAAGGGUUGAAGAGACUAGAAGUAUAUGCUAGGAGUUUGAAGGAUGCGCUUCCAUGAUAAGUGACGAUAAUGGUUAAUUAGUUGAUGGCGAGCCAUCAUGAUGGUCAAAUUUUCAAU